CCGGAAGUGCUUGUUAACCCGGAAGUAGAGAUCGUUCAAUGUGACUUACCCUGACUAACGUUGUUGUUAAUGCUGCAUGUGUUGGGUUUAAAGCCUUCAACAUGUUCCUUACUACUGUUAACUUGGCCAAGGCUAAAUCAAAGACCGUCCUGGUGCAGAUGAUGAGCGCUGCAGGGACAGGGUACUUCUUCAACACAAAGAGGAACCGUCUCAGAGACAAACUGGUGCUGCGCAAACAUGACCCAUUUGUGAACAAGCACGUCCUGUUCUUUGAGAAGAGGAAAAUCAGAUCCAUUUAACAACACGCCAAAGUGCACGGACAACAUAAACCUGCUGGGUUUACACAGACUAUUUUUACUGUUGUUGGAUUAUAGAAGGUGUGUCGUCGGUCUGCGUUUCUGUUUGAAUUGACUGACGUGCUUUGUGAGGAUUUCUUCCUGGAUCCAUCUGAAGGCCUCGCUGCAAACCCAGACCUAACACCAACAUAGUCUUCAUCAUCACGGCUGUAAGAAGACGACAAGAAGGAGACGACAAGACUUCUGUGUAAAAGUCAGGUUGUUUAUUGAGGCUGCAGCCGUUUUGUUCUGAAGCUGUUGGAAUGAAUGUGAAGCAGUUCUCUACAGAAUCACUGAUUAUGACACAAUGUACAACUUAAUAUUUAAACUGGGUUCUUGUGUUUGAAACAUGUAUGAAAUGUGGCCUAAUUAUGUUAACUAAAUAAACUGAAUCUAUUCUGUGCAGUGAAAUA